AUGGCAGUUUGUCUUAUUUGCAUGGAUGUCAAUCCAUUCGAGGAGAUGUUUAGAAGCAACACUUGCUCACAUUUGUUCUGCAAAGAUUGCGUUGGCAAAUACGUCGCCGCCAAAAUCCAGGAAAACAUAGCAAUGGUUAAAUGCCCCGAUAUGGACUGCAAUGCUGCUUUGGAACCUCAGUUUUGUCGUUCGAUUGUUCCCGGAGAAGUGUUUGAUCGAUGGGAAAAUGUUCUUUGUGAAUCGAUGGUCAUCGCGUCCCAGAAAUUCUACUGCCCUUUCAAGGAUUGCUCUGCCAUGUUGGUGGAUGAUGGAGAGUCUGAUGUGGUGCGAUCGGAGUGUCCGGUUUGUCACAGGCUGUUCUGUGCACAAGGCAAAGUCGUGUGGCAUGCCGGAAUCUCCUGCGGCUAA